UAGUACUGAAGUCAAACUUUCUAAAAUAAAGAUUCCAGAACAAAUUAGAGAAAAAGGUCGUCCUUUAGACACUAAACGAUUACCAAUUGUAUUGGAAAAUAUGAAAGCUAAGAGAAAGAAAAAUAAAGUCAGUAUUGUAAAAAAAAAACCAAUUGAAAGUAAUAAUUCUUUUAAUUCCUCAUUAACU